UGGGAGGCGGCGCCCGGUGGGUGGGAGGCCGAGCCGGCCCCGCCUGGCGCUACAGGUGGAGGUGGCGGGGGGCCGCAGGGCUGUAGGUACCGGUUGGUACCUGUGGGAAUCGGCUCUGUAGCGGGGUGCGGGGUCUGGGGGGGCUCUGCCACCCCCCUUCUUGCCGCCAGCGACCUGCCGUGAGGGGAUGAGCCCCAUGAACGUAACGAUGGCCUUUCAGGAGCCCAGCUUGUCCCUCAGGAGUGAUUGCAGCUGGGAGAAAAGCGCGUGGCGCUGGGCAGCGACGGAGCCGGCGGACGUCCUCGAGAGCGGAAAGCUGAAGUGCCGGCUCCGCGGCUUCGUCGCGGAGGAGCGCAGACGAUCAGCGGCUGAAAGCUUGAAACAUCGCCGGUUUUCCAUUGCUUUUCCUUUGCGCCAAGCUUCCCCAGGAAGAGAAAGGACUCUGAGUCAUUUCAGCCCGAGUGGUAAGAAGUUCCGAAGCAAGCCCCAGCUGGCGCGCUACCUGGGCAGCUCCAUGGACCUCGGCACUUUUGACUUCCGCACCGGGAAGAUGUUGAUGAAUAAAAUGAACAAGAACAGGCAGAGGAUGCGCUAUGACUGUUCCAACCAAGCCAAAGGGAAGCCUGAUCUGAACACGGCGCUGCCUGUCAGACAGACGGCUUCUAUCUUCAAACAGCCCGUCACGAAGAUCACGAACCAUCCCAGCAACAAGGUGAAGAGCGAUCCACAGAAAGCCGUGGAGCAGCCCCGGCAGCUCUUCUGGGAGAAGAAAUUAAGUGGACUGAAUGCUUUUGACAUUGCAGAGGAGCUGGUGAAAACAAUGGACCUUCCAAAAGGUUUACAAGGAGUUGGACCCGGUUGCACUGACGAAACCCUUCUGUCUGCCAUCGCCAGUGCUCUGCACACCAGCACCAUGCCCAUCACUGGCCAGCUCUCUGCGGCCGUGGAGAAAAAUCCAGGCGUUUGGCUCAACACCUCCCAGCCGCUUUGCAAAGCGUUCAUGGUGACAGAUGAAGAUAUUAGGAAGCAGGAGGAGCUGGUGCAGCAGGUGAGGAAGAGACUGGAGGAAGCUCUGAUGGCUGACAUGCUCGCCCAUGUGGAGGAAAUAGCGCGAGAUGGGGAAGCUCCUUCAGAGAAAGAAGGAGGCGAGGAAGAAGGAGAAGAGGAAGAGGAGGAGGAGGAGCAGGACCCUGACCAGGAGAUGGAGAACUUAUAGUCCAGGGAGUUCCAUCUAAGAAUUGCCAGAAUAAACCCUAUCAGCAGGGUCAGCACAACGAUUUACAAAGCCAAGAGUGUCUGCUACAUGUAUUGCACCAACAGUCCAAUUGAACCUACGAGCGUUUUGACGUGCGCUUCAGGAAGCAUCGAGAAGCUGAUGGCUAAUUCGUUGCCGGGUAGUUUUGAGGAUGGAACUUGACUAAACUCUACUCCCCCUCCUUUUUCUAAAGGGGUAGGGUAAUCGGGAAUGCAAAAGUGGAAGGGAAUAAAGGAAUAUAAAGUGGUGGGAGGGAAAAUCCUAGGAACCAAAUUUCCUGUCCUUUGGUUUUUUUUAACUGUGGGUCAGUGAUGGGUGAUACUUUUUUUUUUUGUAAGCUUUUUCUAUUGAAGUACCUUUAACAAUGACCCAUUGAAACAAUUUGAUCUUCAACGCGAGAGUUCACUCCUUGGCUACUCUGCUGUAGGCUCCUUGUUUGUAGCGGGCUGUAGGGAGGUCAUUUUAUGUUGUGGAUUGUCAUUCCCCAUGUCAAUUUGGGUCACCAAAUUUCCUUUUCCUUGCAAGACCACAUUGGUCUUGGAAGCGUCAUCUGAGAGAUGAACUGCUGGUGCCUCUUCCACCUGAGGUUUUGAUUAGCAGAGGAAGUUAACUUGAGGAAUUGAUCUUACAUCAAUGGCAAUAAUUUUUUUAGCUAGUUCCAGCACCACAGGAACGCACUGCGGUGCGCGGUUUUGAUCCGAAUAGAGUCUCGAAGAUAAAUAUUCCUGCUCUGUGGUAUAUUUUGCUUUGGUUUAAGUCUGCUCAGAAGGACCUUCUCAACUCAGAAUGGCAGGAUGAGCCAUUUCUGACUGACAGGAAGAACUGUUCUCCUCUGGUGCCAAGAACCCUGACCUCUGUUUCUGUGCGUGUGGAGGGAAGGGGGAUCCAUUCCAUUAGGUGUGUCUAUGCAUCUGCUUUCGUCUGCAGUAAUGUUCUGACCUCUUUUAAAAGAAGAAAGGAAAAAAGGUUGAUUUUUCUAUAAUUGAUAUCUAAAAGAAUGAAUUUAAAGCUUUUUAUUAAGUGUGAAAUCUUUCUUAUUUGCAUGUGCAGUGAAGUGACCAGCAUUUUGUGUCCAAAAAUGAAAUGAUGCGAAACCUGCCUUAAUGUGUUUUUAUAAGUAUUUGGCUUCACCGUGGGUACCUUGAUUGAUUCCUUGGUCUCUUCUAGUACGUCUGUGAGCAUAUUGGGGUAACUUGGGGCUAAAAAUGGAUUUAUCUGGGGAGGGAGGAUAGGGAGAGGGGAGGAAGAUGAGAGUUUAUCCCUUGGAGAAUGCAUCGACAGGCUUGCAAAAGUUAUUUUAGUCUUAGGGUAUCCAUUGCAUAAUUUGUGCGUGGACGUCUUGGCUGAGAAUACAGUAUGAAGUGGUGGAUUAAAUAUUGUGUAUCCCCAAACUUGGGGAAGAAAGUAGCUCCCAGAGCCAUCAGGUCGGAAUUAUUAGUGGUGACACGCAGGGAACUGCCCAGGAAGUGGUUUGUCACCUUCGGGUGUAGUUCAGUGUAGGGACUGGAAUAGGUUUAAGCUCCUUGAAGAAUAUCCCAUGCCAAAGUGAUUGAUAUACUGUAUUUUAACUCUUUUUGUAGAGAUUUGAAAAUGCAAAGUUCUUUGGUAUUGCUCAUCCAGAGUACUGCAAGAAGACUGAGCUGUGCUUCGUGCUGCUCUGCCAGGCUUUGCUUUGGGGACCCUCACCUGGUGCUGCAGCCAGCGGCGAUGAUUUUCCUUUUUGAACAGUCUGUUAUGGUUAUUCUGUAAAUCCGUCCUCUUGUAAUUCUUUGUGUUGAAUUAAAUGUUUCUCACAAA